AGCACACAAGCUGCAGCGCAAGCACCUCAGCCAUGGCAACAGCAACGGCCUCGCUCAGCCCGCCCUCGGUCACCCCCCAGACAUACCACCGCAUCGUCUCGGACACACUGGUCAUCCCAAGCGACCCGCUGCAACCCAUCCCCGUGGGGCUCCUCGCCUGCCAGCGUGAUCCGCUGCUUCGCGAGCUCGCGACCACCGCCGUGAGCUGCCGCGUCGCCCAGUCGUCCGCGCCCCCGUCCAACGGCCGUGAGGGCAAGAAGAAGAAGGCUGCGGCGCCCGCACCGACCGCGCCUCUGCUGGAGGUCAUCCUCCACGACACCGUCAUCUUCCCCGAGGGUGGGGGACAGCCCUCAGAUGUCGGGCUCCUCACGAGCGCAGACGGCGAGCUUUGGGACGUCGUCGAGGCGAAGCGGCACGGCGGGCACGCCGUGCACUAUGUCCGACUGAAGCCCGAGCAGAGCACGGAGGACGCCCUGCGAUUGUUCGCCCCCGGCACCGUCGUCGGCGUCUCCCUCGGAGCGCAGGGCUACAAGCGACGGCUAGACCAUAUGUGCAUGCACACAUCUCAACACCUGCUUUCGGCCGUGCUGGAGCAUGACCUCAAGGUGGACACGCUCGCGUGGUCGCUCACGGCGUCCCCCGCGCCGUGCUAUGUCGACGUCGCGCGUGCGUUGUCCGCGGACGAGAUUGCGUAUGUCCAGGAGGAGGCGAACAGGCUUGUCUUUGAGGGCCGCAGCGUGCACAUCGAGGUCGAGGAGCUCGACCCGAAUGCAAAGGUCAUGAGCGGCCCCAGUGUCGGUAUCCCCCUGGACUACACCGGCGGCGUGAAACGCACAGUAGUCAUCGACGGGAUCGACCGCAACCCAUGCUGCGGGACGCACCUCCCGACGAUCCACAACCUACAGCUCUUCCUCCUCCCGCACACCGAGACGCUCGCACGCUCGACGGGCUCCUGCGUCCGCCUCUACUUCCUCGCCGGCCCGCGGCUCCUCGCGCACCUCGCCUCCACACACGCGCUCCUCACGGGCACCGCGGGCAUCAUGAGCUGCGGCGCGCCGCUCGUGCCCGAGCGCGUGCAGCAGGUCGUCGACGAGCGCAAGAAGGCGAGCAAGCGCGUCGAGGACCUCGAGGCGGAGCUCGCUGCGGCCGUCGCUGCGGAGCUCGCUGCCGCCACUGCCGCGGAGGGACAGGGGGGCGUGGCGCUGUAUCGGCACAGGACGGAUGACGCGGCGAACGCGCUUGGGUUCUUGUCCGCUAUCUCGAGUGCGUAUGUCGGUAAGGUUGCGAGGAAGGAUGGGACGGCGCCGUACCUCGUCGUGUUGUCGUCGGCGCCGUCGGCGCAGACGGCCACUAGCACCACGGUCGUUCUGGUCUUCGGGAGCGACGAUAAGAAGGUGAAGGAGGCUGGGGACGCGCUGAAGGCGAAGCUGAACGUCAAGGGCGGUGGAAAGGGACCGCGGUGGAGUGGGAAGUUUACUGGAGUUUGGAAGGAAGGCCGUGAGGGUGCAGCGGUUGCGACCAUACUCGAGUCGCUGGACUUCUAGAGGGCAGAGCGAACUAGAGGAGUUUGUACAAGUCGUACAGUCAAUCCGAAUGUUAUAUUAUAGGCAUAGACAUAGAUGGAGGCCGUCUGGAUUAUACAAUAUGGUACAACAAGCCGGUAUUGAACAUGAUCCCUGUAUACGCCGGCCGUCCUCGUCCUCGUGCUGGCGCAGGGUAGAUACACGCGGCCUCGCGAUGUGCGAGAGCGCUCACUUCGGCUCGGCGGAGUCGUCCUCCGGGGCCUGCAGCGAGCCGGACGCCUCGGCCUCGCCGUUGUACACCGAUGCAUCGUCGUUCUCGGGAUGAAGUUCGCCGCUGAGGGCGAGCACCUCGACCUCGGAGAGGCUCUCGGAGCCAUCGCCGUCGCUCAGCCCCCAGUUGUCCAUGCUCGCGUCCCGUGCGUGGUCGUCCCACGGGGCGACGUCUACGUCGUCGAUGUCGACGUCCGCGUCGACGUCCUCGAUGUCCAUGUCGUCAUACGCGGACUCGGUCUCCAUAAAGUCCGAGUCGUAGAAUCCGUCGUCCUCGUCGUCUUCUUCAUCAUCUCCGGGGACGUAGUCGCCGUCGGAGGACUCGUUGUCCGAGUCGGAUGCAGGCCGGAUGCUGCUGAAGACAUUGCGGCAAGAGGGGCAGCUUCCGUGGCGACCUCUGAUCCAUUCUACUAAGCAUGCUCUGCAGAAGAUGUGCCCGCAGGCGACGAGCUUGGUCACUCCGGCCAACUCGUCCGAAUCAGGGGUCUCUCCCCUCGCGCCCUCCACCGCCUUUCCCUCCAAAAUAGCAUCAAAAGCACUGAGGCAUAUGGGACACGAGUCGUUCAAGGGUAUAUCGACGUGUGUGAGGGUGGGCAGCCGGGAGAUGGCGAGCUGUAUGCGCUCUUGGACCGACAGGUGGAGAUCUGAGAUGUCAUCCCCCAUGGUUUCGCCACACGUCGUUCUGCG